UUAUCACAUUUAGAAAAUGUUAUAAUUGCUUCUUACGAGGCAAAAUAUUCAAUGCAAUCUAGUCAUCUAGCCAUAUUGGCGACAGUGUUUUAUUAAUAAAAUUAUAAAAUUGUCACGUCAUUGUUUUCAUACGAUUGCGGACAAUUUAGUUUCUUCGUAAAAUAUUUGCAUGAUGAUUCGCUUAAAUUGUAAUAUUUUGACGAAUCUACAAGCAAGAAGUUGUAGACGAUUUGUUACAAGUGCUUUUUUCCUAAAACCGAAGAUUUUAAAUGAAACUUUAAUUGAGUCCUCGGAGAACACCCAAGAGUCGCCACGAAUGAAGCAAUUCCAUGAGAAACUUAAAUUGCAACCGAUACCAAAAGUAGGACCGCGGGAAAGGUUCGUGGAUUUAGUAUUAGUGAAAACCGACCCGAGAACUGGAGAACUGAUAACAAAUGGCGAGAAAGACCCUACUAAAUGGGGAGACUGGCAGCACGGUGGUAGAGUCAGUGAUUUUUGAAACGAAAACACCGUGUAUAUUUUUUAAUGUAGUUUCUAUAAAUAUAUUUAAAGAACUUCAAAGAAUUCUUACUUCUUAACUUGCAAUGAUCAAUUUUUGCAUUUGUAACUAUAUACGCGGAAAAUAAAUUAAAUUAUUUCGGUCAGUGUUAAGUAAAAUAACGUAAAUCAAAAUUGUUUCUUGAUAUGAAAAAAUAUAUAAAUUAGAUAAAUAAUAUAAGUAUAGAUGUAUAUGAAGGAAAGCUCUUGUAUUAUAGAACAAAAAUUGUAUAUCAGUGAGAGGUAAUAAAUUACAUUGUACAAAAGUGAACCUUUUUUGCUGGACUAUGAUACCCCCGAGUAAGUUUUCAGAAGUUACUACAAAUUUAUUAGUAACGACAUUCCAUGUUUGGUAUUGUUAACUUCACAUGACUUUCUUUCCGAAAGUCUGGCACUAUGGCAACCUACACAAAAAGCUUAAUUACGUCAUAAUGUACAGAGAUUAUCAGUACAUUAUACAUAUAAAAAUAUGCAACACUUUGUCAAAUACUGAAUACUGUAUGUUAGAAUAACAAACAUUUUAUACAUCAAAGCGGUU